GAACCAGUACAAGAUCGACUCGCGUGCGCGUCAGAUCUGUUUCACUAAACCAUUCCAAAAAAAAAACCGAGCCGAGAAACUAUGACCUGUCAAAUGGCCACCUCGUGUACAGUCGAAAUGGACCCAACGGACGCGUCCACAUACAAUAUUGAUUGAGUUCGGUAAACGGUUAAAAAGAGAGAGAGUGAGACGAAAGUAUAAAAGCGGGUCAUAACCGCUCCUCUCGAAGACUUACUUGGACUCCUGUAUGACCGCGCCAACGGUGAAGUUAUCGACACUAGAGUGAGCCGGUGGUAUGGCCCUGAAGCACGCUCUUGGCGCCGUCGUCGCGCUCACGUGCGUCUUCUGCUACCACAACAGCUGCUAUUGUGGUUUCGUUUUUGAUGAUAUAAGCGCCAUCAAAGAUAACAGGGAUCUUAGACCCCAUACACCACUUGCCAAUGUAUUCCUCAAUGACUUCUGGGGUACACCCAUGCAUAAGGAACAAAGUCAUAAAUCCUACAGGCCAUUAUGCGUCUUAACAUUCCGAUGGAACUACUUAAUGUGGCAACUAGAACCGAUGGGAUACCAUUUGGUCAAUAUGCUGUUACAUUCCGUCGUUUGUUUGAUGUAUUUCAGGAUGUGCUCCAUGUUCCUGCCUGAGCUGUCAAGUUUCGUAGCGGCUAUGCUGUUCGCAGUGCACCCCAUUCACACCGAAGCGGUGACCGGAGUUGUUGGAAGAGCGGAGACUUUAUCGUCGGUGUUCUUCCUCGCCGCGUUUAUGUUCUACAGUCGAGCGGCUAGAAGCAGAAAAGUUACUGGUUGGCGGUUCCUCUUUUUAUCAAUGAUCUCCAUGGCGACGGCAAUGCUGUGCAAAGAGCAAGGAAUAACGGUCGCGGGAAUAUGCGCAGCCUACGAAAUUUUCGUCUCCCAACGGAUGCGUCUCCAAGAGAUCAAAUAUCUUCUCAAAUCGGCCAUAACAACCAAAUCGACACCACAGCUGUCGUUGUCACAAGAAGCGACCAAACGACUCGCCGUACUCGGAGUUACAACAAUUUGUCUCCUAUUAAUCAGAUUACAAAUUAUGGGAUCACAACUUCCUGUCUUUACCAGAUUCGAUAAUCCUGCAUCGGUUGCAUCAACACCCACGAGACAACUUACUUAUAAUUACUUGAUAAGCGUCAAUUUAUGGCUGCUAUUGUUCCCUUGUGAUUUAUGUUGCGAUUGGACUAUGGGAACUAUUCCACUUGUCGAAUCACUUUUGGAUAUUAGAAAUUUAUCUACAUUAAUGGCAUAUGGUGCUUUAGGUUUACUCGCUGCAACUGCUGCGUUUACAGAAAAUAGACAACAAAGUAUUACGAUUGUAAUGAGUUUGGCCCUUCUAAUACUUCCAUUUCUACCGGCUUCGAAUCUUUUUUUCCCCGUGGGUUUUGUAGUAGCCGAAAGAGUCCUAUACAUGCCCUCGAUGGGAUUUUGUCUAUUAGUUGGAUACGGUUGGAGUGUGAUAUGCGAAAAGAAGGGUCGAAAGCUCGCUUGGACAAUAUUCACCGUAAUCCUCUUGGCACACGGUUCGAAAACGUACUUACGCAAUUGGGAUUGGGAGAGCGAGUACUCCAUUUUCAUGUCGGGCCUUAGGGUGAAUCAGAGGAAUGCUAAGUUAUUCAAUAACGUAGGUCACGCCCUCGAGGGACAGGGCAGAUUUACGGAGGCCCUACGUUAUUUCCAAACGGCCGUUAGCGUCCAAGAAGACGAUGUCGGCGCUCACAUUAACGUCGGUCGUACUUACAACCAUUUGAAAAUGUUUAAAGAAGCCGAAGAGGCGUAUUUACGGGCGAAAUCUUUGUUACCGAAAGCGAAACCUGGCGAAUCGUAUCAGGCGAGAAUCGCCCCGAAUCAUUUAAACGUUUUCUUAAAUCUUGCCAAUUUAAUUUCGAAGAACUCUACUAGGUUAGAAGAAGCGGAUAUGCUUUAUAGGCAAGCCAUAAGUAUGAGAGCCGAUUACACACAGGCUUACAUCAACCGGGGUGAUAUUUUAAUCAAAUUAAAUCGGACUAAGGAAGCCCAAGAAGUUUAUGAAAGGGCAUUAUUGUAUGACAGCAAUAAUCCUGAUAUUUAUUAUAAUUUAGGAGUUGUUUUCUUGGAACAAGGAAAAGCUUCACAAGCUUUGGCCUAUUUAGACAAAGCGUUAGAAUUCGAUCCGGAUCACGAACAAGCCCUACUUAAUUCGGCAAUUCUAUUACAAGAAUUCGGCAGACCGGAACUAAGAAAAAUUGCGAGAGAAAGACUUUUAAAGUUACUGGCGAAAGACGAAAGUAACGAACGCGUGCACUUCAACUUGGGAAUGUUAGCAAUGGACGAUAAGGAUAUCGAAGAAGCGGAACAUUGGUUUAGAAGAGCGGUGCAUCUUAAAAACGAUUUUCGCAGCGCCCUUUUCAACUUGGCUUUACUCCUAGCUGACGAUCAAAGACCUUUGGAGGCAGCGCCGUUUUUAAAUCAAUUGGUGAAAUAUCAUCCUGAUCAUGUUAAAGGAUUAAUUUUAUUGGGGGAUAUUUAUAUUAAUAAUAUUAAAGAUCUUGAUGCAGCAGAAAAUUGUUACAAAAGAAUUCUUGAAUUAGAUCCAGAAAACAUUCAAGGUCUUCAUAACCUUUGCGUUGUCCAUGUAGAAAGAGGUAAACUUUUAGAAGCGCAAACGUGUUUAGAGCAAGCGCACGAAUUGGCCCCAGAGGAAGAUUAUGUUCUUCGUCAUCUACAAAUCGUCCAAAAUAGAAUAGCAAAGAUGAAAUUGAACGCGGAUAAAAAACUUGAUGAUGUAGAAGAUGAUAAUCAUAGAAGUAAAGUGAUUUCGAAUAAAAGUAUUGAUGAAACGGACCGGAAAACGCAACCUGUUGUAACAGGUGAUUCUGAGGAGCAAAGAUACAGUAGUAGAGUGGUCAAUACUGAGCCCUUAUUUGUGAAUCACGUUGACAAUAUUAUUGAUGAUUUAGAUGAUGAUGAUGGGGAGGGGAGUGUUGAGAGGGGUAGACAGAGAAAGUUGGGGGAAUUUGGGGCUGAUAAUGAUGACCCAUCAUCUGGCAUGUCUUAGCACUAGUUGAGUAAUUCGCACUUGUACAAAUGUUUCGUCGAUUUUUAAAAACCGGUGUAAGAGUAAAUGAAAUUAUAUAUAUUAUAAAUAUAUUCUAUCUAUAAAACAACUUUUUAUACGAGCCAUAUUAGAAGUAGAGAGUCGUUGUUUCUGUGAUACUCAGAUCGAUAUUUAAUUUUAUUUCUUUUGGUUGCUCUAUGUGGAAAAUUGUAACGGUUACAGGAGCGACGUAACCCGACUUUCUUCAAUGUUUCCCCGUAUUUAAAAUUCAAUUAUAUAAUGUAAACGGGUUGAAGAUGUAUAUUUAGUCAAUGUACCUAUGUGUUUAACCCAUGUGAUUUGAACUAGUUGUGAUUAGAAUUGUUGCUUUAUGCUAUCUAUAUUUUUUUACUUGCUUUUUCUUUCAAAUGUUUGAUUUAAAUUAAUUAAAUUAAACAAUAAUAACUCUGGAAUUGGUAUUUGUUUCGAAAAAACUUAUUAAUUUAAAAAACAAAACUGGACUUAAAAAUAUUAAAUAAAAAAAAAUGGAAACAGACAAAACAAAACAAAACAAGAAAGUAAAUGUUUCAAUGUUUCGGCUUUAGCCCAUAGAUUUAGAUUUGUAAUGAAGUACCCACGUGGCCAAAAAAAAAAUAAAUAAAAAUUCUUAUUAUAUUUUAGAUUUCUUAGCGGACUUGAUAUUAUUCAUACGUAUAUUGUAACAAAUUAGAUGAAAAUUUCUCCAAAAUGAGGAAAAGUUAAGAGAAAAAACAUAAAUUUUGUAUUUUGUAAUGGUGCCUUGACAAAAAACACGUUAAUUAAGGCAAAAAAAUAAGUUUUGUAACAUAUAGUAUAUAACGAUCAUAUUUUUCUAUGUUGUCACUGUUCAUAUAUAUUAUAUACAUAUAGUUAAUAACCUAAAACUCUAUGUAAAAUUUAAUGUGCGAAAAACGGAGCGAUAUGUAUAAUUAUAUGGAGAAAAUGUACUUAAAGAAAACUAUAAUAUACUUUCUCACAACCAAUCACUGGACAGAUUCAAAAUUUGUCCACCAAUUAAAAAACUCUUUACUUACAUUAUAUUUUCCCCCCAAUACGUAUACUUAAUUCGACAAUCUUCAUUCAAAUCAGACAAGAGACUUAAUGUAUUUAUUCCGUCGCUUCGUUUAAAGAUGAGAAGAAAACGAGGCGAACGCAAAAAGAUGAAAAAUAAAAACCUAUAUUAUAAACGAUUAUUGUCGAUAACUUAAAAAUGAAAAAUUUACUGAUGAAGACUCUAAUGUAUUAACUUAAAGAACUUGUUGUAAAAUGUGUAUUUGUAAUAAAGAAAUUUGUGAAGUAAA